GGAGGGAGCGAAGCAGAGAGACAGGCAGAGAGGCGGAGUGUGCCAGGGUCAGGGAAGGAGAUAUUGCUGCACCAGAGAGGAGGACGCGGGGAAGGAGGGAGUGUGGCAGAGGCAGAGGAGGACAGAGACCCGUGGGGACCGAGGGACGCAGGAGGAGGAGCGGGGAAGGAGGGAGUGUGGCAGAGGCAGAGGAGGAGAGGGGAAGCCGGUGGGAGAGGCCGCAGCUGUCCGCACCUCCUCCCAGACCCACCAUGUCGGAGGUGGACAAGUCCCAGCCAGUGGCCCUGGGGGCCUCGCGGGUCGAGCUCCGGGUCUCAUGCUGGAACCUCCUGGACCGGGACACCCUGCCCAACCCGAACCCCUGCGUGGUGCUGAAGCAGCUCAGCGAGGGGCAGUGGAGCGAGGUAGGGCGCUCCGAGAUCAUGUGCUGCAGCCUGAACCCCGUCUUCUCCCACGUCUUCCCACUGGACUACUUCUUCGAGGAGAUGCAGAUGCUGGGCUUCGAAGUCUACGAUGCCAACGGCGCUGAGGAUGCGGGGUUCCAGGAUGAUGCUUUCCUGGGGGAGGCUGAGUGCUCCCUGGGCCAGAUCGUAUCCCAGACCAAGGUCACCAAACCACUGCUACUCAAGACUGGGGAAACUGCGGGAAAAUCCACCAUCACGAUCGAAGCAGAAAAGGUCACUAGUACCAACGACUUUGUGCAGCUUGAGUUCCGGGCUCAGAAGUUGGACAACAAGGAUCUCUUCAGCAAGUCUGACCCUUUCCUGGAAAUCUACAAGGUGAACAGUAACAACACGGAGCAGCUGGUGAUGAGGACGGAGGUGAUAAAUAACAACCUCAGCCCCAGCUGGGAACCCUUCCGCGUCUCCCUCCACUCGCUCUGCAGCUGCGACCCAGACAAGACCAUACGGUGUGUCGUUUACGACUAUAACUCCAGUGGGAAACACGAUUACAUUGGUGAAUUCACGACAACCUUCCGUGAAAUGCAGGAGGUUUCCUCAGGGAAAGAGAUGGAGUUUGAGUGCAUCAACCCAAAGUACCAGGAGAAGAAGAAACACUACACCAACUCCGGCACGGUGGUUCUGACCCAGUGCAAGGUGGAGAAGGUUCACACGUUCCUGGAUUACAUCAUGGGUGGCCUGCAGAUCUACUUCACGGUGGCGAUUGACUUCACAGCUUCCAACGGCGACCCGCGCAGCGAGCACUCCCUGCAUUUCAUCAACCCCAAGGAACCCAACGAAUACCUCAAAGCGCUGUCAGCCGUGGGUGAGAUCUGCCAGGACUAUGACAGCGACAAGAAGUUUCCAGCCUUUGGAUUUGGGGCACGGAUCCCCCCAAACUACGAGGUCUCCCAUGAUUUCGCCAUCAACUUCGACCCAGACAACCCGGAGUGUGAAUGGAUCUCGGGGGUGAUCGAGGCCUACAAGCGGUGCCUGCCCCAGAUCCAGCUCUACGGCCCCACCAACCUGGCCCCCAUCAUCAACCGGGUGCUGGCCCCUGCCAGCGAGGAAGAGGGCAGUGGGCAUCCCAUGCGGUACCGGGUGCUGCUGGUGCUGACGGACGGGGUGCUGAGCGACAUGCCGGCCACGCGGGAAGCCGUCGCCCGAGCCUCGCGCCUGCCCGUCUCCAUCAUCAUUGUGGGGGUGGGGAACACCGACUUCUCCGACAUGCGGGCACUGGACGAGGACGGGACCCAGGAGUCCGGGGGGGAGCAGGCCGCCCGCGACAUCGUCCAGUUUGUGCCCUUCCGCGAAUUCAAGAAGGCCCCGCCAGCAGCGCUGGCCAAGUGCGUGCUGGCCGAGGUCCCCAACCAGGUGGUGGAGUUUUACGGCAGCCGCGGCAUCGGCCCUGGCCCUGGCCCCCGAAUCUCUCAGCCCCAGUGAGAGCCCCACGGCCCGACCCACAGCCUGACCCAGGGCCCCCCCGGGUGCCUCUGUCCUUUACCUCUGCCGACCUCCGGCCCUUUCUCCUGGACCUGCCCCCCCCCCAGGGGCUCUGAGGACCGACGCAGGGUGAGGGGCUCCCAGCCCCAUGGUGCCCUCCCCUGACUGAGGGCGAAGGCUGGACCUGACCCCCCCACCACCACCAUCACCGCCUCCAUGGGCCCCGUUGUUCUCAGGCCUCUGGCUUCAUACCUGGGGGUGACUCCCCUCAAAUCCUGCACCCAGAUCCCCCUAUCCCACCCCAAUUGCCCCUAAUCCCCUGAUCUCCCACACCCCAACCCCACCACACCCUGGUCCUCCCACAUCCCAAACUGCCCCUCCCUCCCCCAGUGGUGACCCCCAUCCCACCCCCCAGAGCGAUGUCUCCCAGACCCCUCAAUAAAGCCACCCCUAUGGACACCCCA